AUGGAAUCUCUCACGACCCAUCCUUCUACCGCGCAGCAGGCCCGGGCCUUCACUUCCCCCGCUUCUCUGUCCUUUCCCGGUGGUGCCGGUGAUUUGACACCUCCGUCUUCUGAAAAAGAAGGAAACAUGGCGAUUGGCGCUCAGGGUGCGAAUGGAACUGUGAACGGCCAUCAGCAGGGAGGAAAUGCCGUCAACGGCAAUGGGGUGACGCCCGCUACUCCCGCUGCGACUCCUGGUGCCAAUGCUCCGGGAAGUGGUAUCGUGCCUACCUUGCAAAACAUUGUUGCUACUGUCAACCUUGACUGCCGCUUGGAUCUUAAGACUAUUGCGCUUCAUGCACGAAAUGCAGAGUACAACCCAAAGCGUUUCGCGGCCGUGAUCAUGCGUAUCCGGGAACCGAAAACUACCGCACUGAUCUUCGCCUCCGGCAAGAUGGUCGUCACUGGUGCGAAGUCUGAAGACGAUUCCAAGCUCGCAUCCAGGAAGUACGCGCGUAUCAUCCAGAAACUGGGCUUCAAUGCCAAGUUCACCGACUUCAAGAUUCAGAACAUCGUCGGCUCUUGUGACAUCAAGUUCCCUAUUCGCCUGGAGGGUCUGGCUAGUCGCCAUCACAACUUCAGUUCUUACGAACCUGAGCUUUUCCCUGGUCUCAUCUAUCGUAUGAUGAAGCCCAAGAUCGUCCUCUUGAUUUUCGUCAGUGGAAAGAUUGUCUUGACCGGCGCCAAAGUCCGUGAAGAGAUUUAUCAGGCAUUCGAACUGAUCUAUCCUGUGCUUUCUGAUUUCCGCAAGGUCUAA